AUGUCCUGCCCGGAGGAUGCUGGGAGCCGAAGCACCGCGGCGCCGGACAGGAAAGGGGACUCUUGUGACUGGAAUGUCCAGGGCCAAGAUGUAAGCCUACAGCCACCCUACUUAGAGUGCCAGCCACCCCUGCGGCCAUGCCAUGACACAGGAGCCACCCCGGAGCCCCUGAAAGUCCCCGGCAGUAACCUGGGACCAGCCUGGAGCAGCAGGAGCAGCGACAGUAGCUUGCGGAGCGUGCGACAGGGCAGCCUGCAGAAGGGGGGCCACAUCAGCCAGCGGAGCAGCGGGUACGCGGGGGACGAGGAGAACAGCGAGGUCAGCCUGGUGGGCGGCAAACGCACCCUGCAGUUGAGUAGAAGACUCGGAACCCAAGCGAUCGUCACCCAGACCAGCCAGCUGUGCGCCGCCUACCGCCCCGACCAGCUGAAGAGCCCGGCGGCCAGCCCAGCCCCAAGCGCCCCGCAGCCUGGAGGGGAAACCCCGGGCAGCAGCUUCCUGACCUACCAGGUGAGCGGGCUCACCGUGGGCGGCUCCCUGCGCAGCCUGCCCUCGAGCCACGCCGGCAGCUUCCAGAGCGUCCGCGUGGACAGCCCCGCGCAGAGCGGGCCGCAGAGCACCGCGGGCCCGCAGGGGACCAGGUCGCCGAGGAGCAGGAGAAGCAGCCCUCCCAGACACCCGUGCCUCUACGCGAAAGCCCUCGGGAAACGCAGAUGUGACGCCACCGGCGUCCGCCGGAGUCUGCCAGACAUGCUCCCUGGUGUCCGCUUGGUUCUCUGGUGGACCCGGCAGUGCUGCCGAUGGCGGGACAACGCGGGACACGUGCUGAAAGGAUGGCUGCCCAAGCGCCAGCAACACAUCUCCAUCCAGCACACCUCCGUCCAGCACACCUCCGUCCAGCACAUCUCCGUCCAGCAGCAAGGAGAACAGGGGUCUGGUGAAGGAGAGAAGAAGCCCUCCCUGAUUACACCUCGGGCAGCGAACACCUUUUGCUCCAUUCCAGCCUUCUACACGUCUCUCUGGAUUGCAAUUGUCCCUUACAGGUUUCUCCUCCGCUGGCACGAUGGCCCCGGGGUUGGCACGGAGCAGGCACUCUGUGAAGGCGAGCUGAAGGGAGGAGCCCCGCUCCCCCUCCUGGGUGCCACGGGUGUUCACAACGUGUAUGAACACUUCCGCUCUUACGAACAGCACCGGCUGAAAGUCGCCGUGCGCGCUCCGCUCGGCCCGCAUCUGGCAGCUAACGCAAUCCCGGGGGCAGCGCCGGGAGGGAAAGGCUGUGAGGCCUGGGGGAGGAGGGAGGGUGUGGGCAGGUGCCGCGCCCAAGGGAGCAGGUGGGGCCCGCGCGCUGGGCGCCUGCAGGACCGGGCUUUCCCACUCGGCCACUCGGCAGGAGCUAACUCAGCAUCAGCAUCGCGUUGCCCCUCAGGAUGCAAAGACCGCACUCAGCCUGAGCUGGCGGUGGGCCUGACGGCAGAAGACAGCAACCGAGACGCGCUGGCGGGGCCCGGGGCUCUCUGGGAGGCCCUCCGGGCGCUCCUGCCCCGCACUAAAGAAGAGCUGCGGUUGGACCUCGGUGCGAGCGUGGAGGGGAGUGUGGUGGUGCUGCUGCAGCAAGCCACCGACCUCUUCUACGGGGGCAGAAGGAGCGAGUGUCUGCAGACGAGCGAGGCGGUCCUUGACUACUCCUGGGAGAAACUCAAUACCGGGCUGUGGCAGGACGUGGACAAAGACUGGCGUCGGGUGUAUGCCUUCGGCUGCCUCCUGAAAGCCAUGUGUCUGUGUGAAGCGCCUGGGGACUCGGCCACCGUGGCCGCAGCCCUCAGAGUCUGUGACAUGGGCCUGCUGAUGGGAGCGGCCAUCUUCGAUGACAUCCUCAUUAAAGUCGUUGCCGUCCUCCAGGCGCACCUUCCCCCUGGAAAAAGGCCUGCCCAAGGUCCGGCCCCGGAGCAGCCCCGCUUAAAGAAAGCCAGGAAUGGCCAUGUUUCGAUUCCCGAUAUGAGGUCAGAGAAAGCGGUCCCCCGGCUUCACUGUCCGUCCCUGCAGCAUUUCAGGAAGCAUUAUUUGAUUCCACAGACGCCUGUGAUCUUGGAAGGCGUGGCCGACCAUUGGCCGUGCAUGAAGAAGUGGAGCUUGGAGUAUAUACAAGAAAUUGCUGGCUGCCGCACUGUCCCGGUGGAAGUGGGCUCCAGGUACACCGACGAGGAAUGGUCCCAGAGGCUCAUGACGGUCAGUGAGUUCAUCAGCUGCUACAUCCUCAACGAGCCAAGGGACGUCGGGUACCUGGCCCAGCACCAGCUCUUUGACCAGAUCCCGGAGCUGAAGCAGGACAUCAGCAUCCCUGACUACUGCUGCCUGGGCGACGGGGAGGAGGAAGAGAUCACCAUCAACGCCUGGUUUGGGCCCCCGGGCACCGUGUCCCCCCUUCACCAGGAUCCCCAGCAGAACUUCCUGGCCCAGGUGCUCGGGAGGAAGUACAUCCGCCUGUAUUCCCCGCAGGAGUCGGAGGCGGUCUACCCUCAUGACACGCACCUUCUGCACAACACCAGCCAGGUUGACGUGGAGAAUCCCGACUUGGAGAAGUUCCCCAGGUUUGCGGAGGCCCCAUUCCUGUCCUGCAUCCUGUCCCCAGGAGAGCUGCUGUUCAUCCCCGUUAAAUACUGGCAUUACGUGCGGGCCCUGGACCUGAGCUUCUCCGUCAGCUUCUGGUGGGCAUAGGCCUGCCCUGCGCUGGCCAGGUGUGUGCGGUGAGAGCCCAGAAAGCCAUUCCAGCCAUACGGCAAGGCGUGGGCAUCAGGCCUGAUGUGUUGGGAAACAGGCUCUGAGGUUGGUGGCCUGGCUUCAAACCCGGCCCCAUGGCUUAAGAGCCAUGUGAUUUGGCAAGUGUGUCUCCACCUGGAAAACGGGGCACCGGUCCUCAUCACAGAGGGUCUGGGAGGUGGAGCGUGUGCAGAGCCCGGACAGUCAUGCUUGUCACACAGCUCUCAUGACAGGGCCUCCACACCAUAGCCUGCAGGUGGGCAUGGUGGGCAUGGCCCAGGUCACGGGGAGCGUCCUUGCCAGCUAUUUAUUUUACUCAUUGACUUUGGAGAGAGGAAGGAGGAGAGAGAGACAUCAGUUUGUUACCUAUGCAUUCAUUGGUUGGUUCUCACGUGACCGGGGAUGGAACCUGCAACCUUGGCACAUCAGGACGACACUGCAGCCGAGCUCCGUUUCCGUGCUGUCACUGCUGAGGUGUGACCUGCCUUCAGGGAGAUGCGUGGUGCAUUCCCUGGGCGCCCUCCCAGGAGGCCGUUCCCAAAGCAAGAAAGCGACCCCUCGCCUCCUGCCCCCUGGGGGCUCCAGCCUCCCAGCUCCCAAGUCACUGCUCUCUGGGAAGAGGCCCGGAUGUCAGGCUUUCCAUGUACAUUUAUUUUGUUCAUAUAAAUGUGUUGGUUUUGUUUGUAUAAACGUAGCUUGUUGUUUGUGUUUAGCCAUUAAGACUUCCCCCAGCCCUGUGACUGCAGACAGGCAAGCAGAUCCCCACAGCUGACACCAGGAAGGCCCCGGGCCUGCUUGCCGUCCACGAGACCCCCAUUAGUGCCCUUUACGCAGGACUGCCUGCAGGUGACACUUGUCACACCGUGACCGUGAGGUAAACAGUAAUCUGUUGCAAACCAAUCAUAAAAGAAAUGUUAAAAGCUUAUAAUAAACCUUUAAAAAAGUA